AUGUCAGUCACUCUUCGCGAACUCAAGAUAAAGACUGGAGUCGUUAAACGUCUCUUUAAAGAAGAAAAAUAUUAUCGUCAAGAAGCUGAAAAACAACAAAAACGAAUUGAUAAAUUAACGGAAGAUGGAACUGAUAAACAUACUAUAGCUAAACAGAAAGAAGUAUUGCAAGAAUCAUUAAAUAUGAUUCCAGAUUGCCAGAAUCAAGAAUUAAAACAGGCAGAAGAAAUCUUUGAAGAAGUUAACAAAGAAAUAGAAAAUGAAUAA